UUAUAAUGGUAUGUUCAGCAAAAGAGUUGGUAUUCUUUGGCAUAGUCUAGUGAGUACUGGUGGUAGAGUGAGUUAGGUUCAAGGUGAUCAUAAUGUGUUCUCGAAUUUUAUUUGUUGCAAGCUUUGCCAUCGUGUCCUUGGCCUCUGCAGGACCAGCGUCAUUCAUCAAGAAGUGCACCUCUGGUGAUGGCAAGUGCACCAAGGAGUCUGCCGCCGCGGCCAUCCCGGCCUUCGCCGAGGGGAUCCCCGAGCUCGGAGUGAAGCCCCUCGACCCCUACUUCUUCAAGCACCUGGACGCCAGCAGCGGGUCCCUGAAGCUGAUACUGAAGGAUGUCACCAUUAAGGGCUUGAAGGGAUGCAAGCCGAAGAAAAUGCAACGAGACCUAUCCACAUCGAGGCUGGCAGUGAAGCUGAUCUGCGACAUCACAGCUGACGGCCAGUACGACAUGAGCGGACGACUCCUCGUCUUGCCCAUUGAAGGCAAGGGAAAGAUGCACAUUGAAUUGCCCAAGCUGGUGAUCAGCGCGGACGUGCUACUAGCUGACAAGGAGGGCGCGGACGGCAAGAAGCACUGGUCCAUCAAGGACUGGUCGCACUCGUACGACCUGAAGGAGAAGUCUGUUGUGCAGUUCGACAACCUGUUCCCUGGGAAUGAACUGCUUGGGCGCGCCGCACGCGAGCUGGUGGCGACUAGCAGCAACGAGAUCGUGGUGGAAGUGGGCCCGCCCAUCAUCAGGACCAUGGCAGCCAAGAUCGUCGAACAAGUCGGGAAAUUCUUCGACAGCGUCCCGGUAGAUGAACUCGUCAACUUAUGGUGUUAUAAAAUUGAGUGUUCAGCAGUUUCUGAAUUAUUCAACACCCGCAGCUUUGGGUUUUCGGUAGUGGCAUCACACAAAAUGUUUACACAUUGUUUAGUAGGUUUUGUUAUUGCCAGCACUGUUGCGGCAGGUCCAGCGAUAACAAAAUGUAAAUCAGAGGACUCAAAAUGUGUAAAGGAUUCCACAAACGCCAUGAUUUCAACGUUCGCCGCUGGUCUACCGGACCUGGGAGUCGAACCUGUUGACCCUCUGUUCUUCAAGGAGUUGGAUGCGAGCACACCGAACCUGAAACUGCUGCUGAAAGAUGUCACCAUAACCGGGCUCCAAAAAUGCAAGGCGAAGAAAAUGGUGCGAGAUAUCCCACAGUCAAAGUUGUAUGUGCGUCUGGAGUGCAACAUCCAAGCAGACGGCUUGUACGAAAUGAGUGGAAAACUUCUGUUCCUGCCCAUCGAAGGAAACGACAAAGUGCAUCUCACACUCAACAAAAUCAUGAUCAAUGCCGAUGUGGACCUAGAUUUCAAAGAAGUUGAUGGCAAGAAGUACUGGAACAUCAAAGACUACAAAUACUCUUACGAACUAAAAGAGAAGGCUAAUCUGAACUUCGAAAACCUUUUCAAUGGCAACGACGUUUUAGGCCGUGCUGCUGCCACAAUGGUCCAGGAAAAUGGCAACGAAAUUAUCAUGGAAGUCGGGCCUCCAGUCAUCAAGAACAUCGCAGCCACCAUCAUUGACCGCGUCAAGGUCUUCUUCAGCAAAAUCCCUUACGACGACAUGUCAUUGGACUAAACAUUCCUUUAGAUUAUUGUUAACUAUUGCAUCAGCAUGGCUGUUAUAGACUUUUAGGUUUGUCAUUUUAUUUGAGUGUAAAGUAAGAUCUUUGUUUUCGAUACUGAUUAGAGAAAUGGUAGAGGCCUAAGAUCGACCUCAAUCCAUGCUGAUACAAAUAAAUACAAAUCUAAGUAUACUUAUUAUUAGUGUUGCGGGUUGUGAAAAUACAUUUUCUUUACUGGUGAUAUUUUAGUUUUAAGUUUAAAAAUAAAGUUUUGUUUUAAAAGCAA